AAGAGCAACCAAACCGGAAGCUAAGAGCAACCACCACCAAUCCAAAAAACGAAUCAUCAACCGUUUGGAGAGCAACUUACCGACGAACAUUUUCUCUAAUCUUCAAGCAACAGCUUCCUUCACUUCAGAUCUUCUUCUUCUUCAACUUGAAUCUUCUCUUUCUCUUUCUCUUUCUCUCUCUCCCUUGCUUUUAGGUUUGCUGCUCUCUGUUAUUUAUCACCGUGUCCUAGAGAUCACCGUCUCACACGCUUUGCUUUUUUUUUUUUGUGUGUGUCUUUCACUCUCUUCUGUGGUACCUUCGUUUUCUCUCUUGACUCUCGAUCCGUCGGUUAAAUUUUCUUUGUUUUGAAUUAAUAUCUGUUGCGCAUUUUUGUUGUUUGUUAACUUGUAGUUUGGAACUUGUGUUGGAGGAGCCAACAAUGGCGGUUUCUGGCGUGAUAACGCCUGGACAGGUAUCUUUUCUGCUUGGAAUAAUUCCAGUUUUUAUUACAUGGAUAUAUUCAGAGAUGUUAGAAUACAAAAAGGCUUCGUCUCCCUUGAAAGUUCACUCAGACAAUAAUCUGGUUGAAUUGGGGGAGGGGACAACUAAAGAUGAUGACCGGGCUGUUUUGCUUGAAGGAGGUCUGACAAGAUCAGCAUCAGCAAAGUUUCAUGGUUCAUCUAUCAAAACAAACUUAAUUAGGUUCUUGACUAUGGAAGACUCUUUCUUGCUCGAAAAUCGAUCAACUUUAAGAGCAAUGUCUGAAUUUGGGGCAAUUUUAAUGUACUUCUAUAUAUGUGACCGCACAAAUUUGCUAAGAGACUCUACAAAGAAUUACAAUCGCGACCUCUUCAUCUUCCUCUACAGUCUUCUCAUCAUAGUAUCUGCUAUGACUUCUUUGAGAAACACAAUGACAGUCACCAAUCACGUUCUGUUUUUAAUGUAUCAUUACUUUGCUGCUGCGGAGAUAUACAAUGCUAUACGAAUCUUUAUUGCUGCAUAUGUCUGGAUGACUGGAUUUGGGAACUUCUCUUAUUAUUAUGUUAGAAAGGAUUUCUCUACUGCACGGUUUGCUCAGAUGAUGUGGCGACUUAAUUUCUUUGUUGCAUUUUGCUGUGUUAUUCUCAACAAUGACUAUAUGCUAUACUACAUCUGCCCGAUGCAUACACUUUUCACUUUAAUGGUGUAUGGAGCCCUUGGUGUUUUCAGCAAGUAUAAUGAGAUAGGAUCAGUGAUGGCUGUAAAGAUCGUUUCAUGCUUUCUUGUGGUUAUCUUGAUUUGGGAAAUCCCUGGAGUUUUUGACAUCUUCUGGGGUCCAUUGACAUUCAUACUAGGGUAUGCUGAUCCUGCGAAACCUGAUCUUUCUCAGUUGCAUGAGUGGCACUUCAGAUCUGGGCUUGAUCGCUAUAUAUGGAUAAUUGGAAUGAUAUAUGCCUAUUUUCACCCCACUGUAGAGAAAUGGAUGGAGAAAUUGGAGGAAUGUGAAACUAAGAGAAAGCUCUCAAUCAAAACAAGCAUAGUGGCGGUUUCUUUAUUUGUCGGCUAUGUGUGGUAUGAAUGGAUUUAUAAGCUAGAUAAGGUGACUUACAACAAGUACCAUCCCUACACAUCAUGGAUUCCCAUAACUGUUUACAUUUGCUUGAGGAAUUUCACCCAGCAGCUUCGGAAUGUCUCUUUGACCCUUUUGGCAUGGCUUGGGAAGAUAACUCUGGAGACAUAUAUUUCUCAAUUUCAUAUAUGGUUGAGAUCGAACAUACCCAAUGGACAACCUAAGUGGCUCCUUUCUAUUAUCCCAGAAUAUCCAUUGCUCAACUUCAUGCUGACAACUGCAAUUUAUAUCUUGGUAUCUCAUCGGCUGUUUGAGUUAACCAACGCUCUCAAAGCCAUUUUUGUACCAACAAAAGACAAUAAACGGCUCCUACAUAAUCUUCUAGCGGGGGCUGCUAUCUCAGUGUGUUUAUAUUGUAUCUCACUCAUUCUUCUUCAGAUCCCUCAUUCUGCGGCGUGACAAGUAAAAACCGGAAAAAAGCUGCUACAAGUUUUUCGGAUGAGGUAACACAAAGGAAAUAUAAGUCAGGUAAAAUAAGAGGACUUCAAAGAUGCUUUCGGAAAUUUACUUACAAGCCAAGCAUCUCGGAAGACUUCCAGCGAGAACACCCUCCAUUUGUGUGCCUAGAAUCAGAUAGAGGUUGGCUUCAAAGUACUUGCGGGACAGGGAAAAUGAUAGUAAGGUGAUUCUUUUGGUGGGGGAAAAUGAUAAUUUUUUUUUUCAAUAUUGCAAUUUUCCAUCAUAUUCUUUUUCUUUUUUUUUUCUCUAAUACCCUUUUGGGUCAGUCAAUGAAAAAAAUGUAGAUUCUUGUAUUAUGUUGUCGAAUAGACAAAGAUUCAAUGCUUAUGCAAUUUUUAUGGUUAAACACUCAAAUUUUUCCGGGAA